GCAGAGACCGGCAGCAGUUCCACAGAGUGAGUGUCGUAUUUUCGAGAAACUUUCCAUCAGCUUCAAUUUUUUUGUUUUAAACACGCGUAAUUCAUCUCAAUCGUUUCACAAGAUGAAGUCCUUGACCUGGUGUCUGAUAGUGGCGGGAUGCCUUGCCCUUGCUCAGGCUCACACGUAUCAUAUGGGUGCUUGUCCAAUUGUGGAACCUAUGCAGGGCUUCCAGAUGAACAGAUUUCUAGGCUUGUGGUACGUGGUUCAGAAAACGUCGACAGGUAGCAAGUGCAUAACUUACAACUACACGCGGGGAGAAGAACCGGGUGAAUACGUGAUAACGCAAGACUCCGAUCAUUUGAUCCUAGGUCUUACGCCGUUGAAGCACGAGUAUCACUAUACCGGUGAGCUGUCCGUGCCCGAACCCAGCACUCCCGGACGUAUGACAGUCCGCUUCCCUCUAAGUGUAGCCGGAAGCGCGUCCCAUGUGGUGUUCAUGACGGAUUACGACACUUACGCUGGUAUCUUCACGUGCCAGAAAUUGGCGUUUGCUCAUCGACAAAGCGCUACAAUCCUCUCGAGAACGAGGACGCUGGAUCAGUCGCAGGUGGACAAGAUACGUCAACGAUUGAGCCAAUACGGCGUGGAUCCGUAUGAUCUGAGCAUCGUCUCGCAGUCCGGCUGCCCGACCGGCAACAAUACCGUGGACAUCAACAUCGAUCCCAACACCUUUACCGCCGAGAACUUCGGUAACGCGGUGCGCAAAGCGGGAGAGAAGAUCGGCGACGGCGUCCAGUGGGUCGCUAAUGCCGGAAGCCAGGUGUAUCACAAAAUAGCCGGUUCGGAAGAGAAUCGCUCAUCAUCGACGACGGAACAAAGCGGUCGCGUCACCACUAACGACCGGAACAGCGCUGGAAAAAUCGAAACUAACGACGUGGAGUGGAUUCCCUAAAACAUCAUCUCGUUAUCUCUUUUCGCAUCACGCAAUGCAUGUUACUUGCGACCUCGAUGCGAUUCUAACGUAUUUUUUUUUUUUUUAUCUCUCUUCCCUAUUGUUUUAUACGUGACAAAUAUAA